CUCGGCUCUGGGCCUAUAGGGGAACUGUCCAGGAUCCGCGGUUUGGAACAAUAUCAAGGACAUAAAAUUUGUUAGGCACAUGAAUACCCAGAGGCGCAACGCGGAGUGAUGGGAAAACGCACUUUGUGAAAUUGUCUCAUGACUCAUUAAACAUCGUUCGAGAGGUUUUAUAGCUCACAUAAAAAUGUUCAAGGUCUCACACAGAUGCAACGGCGUUGUUGUUGGGAUCAAAACGUAAGUACGAGAGUGUGAGGGGAAUGAAGGAAACUGAUUUUAAUUGGACAAAUGCAGGAAGCAGGAGCAGACCGAAGAUAUCAGCACAAACAAAGGAUCUGGCGGUAAAGAUGUACAUUUAAAAAAAAUAUAUAUAUACUACGUCUUAAUUUCUGAAAGCUACACUGGUGAGUAAAAACAAACUAACUAACAAAAACAAUUAAUUGCAGUUCAUGAUUGUGACAGUGUGCCUCGGUUAAUGACAGGGAAGGUAAAGAAACGAAAAAUGCAAAUAUCACCCAACGCCAGUCCACCGAAAGCUUGUCAAACGUGAGAGAUCCAAAGUGAAAUGUAAAAGUAAUGAGAAAGAGCGUAUAUGACGGAAAUGUGAAAAGUGUAGAUUGUCCUUAAAAAUUAUUUUAAAGCUCCACCAAAUUAAUUAAUAAAAAUGAAUGGAAAACGCUCGAUAAAGUCACUUAAUGUCAAAAGCUGAAUCCCACACACCCUCCUCCCAGAUCCAACACCCUAUUAAUGCUUACUUAUGUGAUGCAUCACCUGGCUGAUAACCAGAAUAAAUGACAUUCCUUGGGGAUUUUCGGUGGACGGGUGCCUUCUGUGCGCACUCGUUUGAUGGCGUUAACAGGCAGAGCUUGCUUAUAAAUGCCAUAUUUUUAGAGGAUAUUACAGGAGGUGGGACUUCUCACGGUAACCUAUUAAAGGCUCCUUAUGGUUCUGAUCUCAACAUCAUCAGGUCAGAUGCGGUAAAGAUGCUUUCUCUCAACAAGCUCAGAUUGGUAUUGCUGAUGUGUAGUUUCUUCACUUUUUAUGAUCAUGCGAACACAGCGGAAUGUGGGAAGGGAACAACAACUACGAGUUGUGAUCCUUCCUUCUGCUGUGAAGGUAAACCGUAUGAUCCUCGAAAGGACACUUGCUGUAAACCCCCUGGAAACAGAGCAGGUUACCUGACAGAAGGACUGAGUGAAAGGAUGUCUCAGUGCUGUGGAGAGAAGGCAUACAACCCACUUAAUGAAAUAUGCUGUAACCUAACUGUGAAUGCCAAACCUUCACAUGAUGCCAAAUGCUGUGGCAAAGCGCCUUAUGAUGAAAAGAAGGAAGUCUGCUGCAGUGACAAACUGCUGAAGAAGCGCAGCCCUGAGCAUCUGUGUUGCUACGGGAGACUGUUUGACUCUUCUAUUGAGAAUUGCUGCCAGAAUAUGUUUCCUCGGAUACAGCUGAAAAUCAACAAUUCCUUAGUCUGUGUGAAGAACUUCACAUGUGACCCCACAAUUUCUGGAGAGAAUCACAAAGUUGAGACCAACAAAUCAGACCAGAGAAAUGCUGCAUCCACCCAGAAGCAGGUUUGUGAUUUUGGGGAUGAAAAGGAGGAGUACUAUAAGAAGGAAGGUUUUCAAUGCUGUGGUCACCACUAUUUCAACACCACCCUCUGGUCUUGCGAGGAAGAUAAACUGCAUGCGAAAAUCCAAAAAUGACGUCUAAACAUCAGUGAGAGAAUAUUCAAGGAAGUAAUAGCAAGAUAUUUGCUUUUAAUCACCAUUUGUAAAAGCAAAGUCUUGUGUAUAUCCCUCUUUUAUUUAAUUUAAUUGGCUAUUCUGGAUGCCACGACUCUGAACAGCAGUGUCCUAAAAUUGAGUGAGGAGAAAAAUGGCUGCUGCCGUACUUCAACAUCCCAUCAUCAUGAGAACACCUACUCCAUAUGUUUCAGAAACUAAGGUGUGUAAAAUAUGCACUUGUUUAAUGAUGUUUUGACUGACUAGCCACAAUUUCAGUUCUCAAGUCCACUUUGUUCAUGUGUUCUCAGUAGGCUGCCACUGGCUGGUCCUACAUGCUCAUUGUUAGUGUAUUCCAUCUAAUUUUUGCAGUGCUAAACCAGUGUGAUCACAACCUAGCUAAGAACCAGUCUGUCUUUCCACAUUUAAAGAACCAGCUCUGCAUCAUGGCUUUAAACUAUACUCAACAUUUAUACCCAGGAUUGCAGUAUAGGGCGACAGCUUAUGUACCCAAAUGAAUGUUUUUGUCUCUGAUCCAUGUCAACAGAUUGCAGUUAUGAUUGCACUUUUAACAGUCAGUGGUUUGGAACACACUUUACAAUGCCCGCUGGAUCUUUACGGCCAUCUUUGAUUUGUCUCGUUGUGAACUGGGAGUGGGCUCAUGGUGCUGUUUUUGCAAGUCAGAAUACAGUGGGAUUUGUUAUGUGUUUUGGUGCUAACUGCUAUCAAGAAUACAACCACAUAACUAUAUUCAAAGACAAGAAUAUGUUUACAGAUAAAUAUUUAUAGCACCAUUGGUGCUACUGUUUAACGAGGCACACAAUGUUAGAAGUGCUAAUGGAGUACCGAAACGCCUCUGCUAUAAGCUCUGGCUUUCCCAGUCGUAUUAGCAACUUCAGGGGUGCUUUUGUUGCUUUUUUGGGCUGGGACUCGGGAGACGUUUGUGUAUAAACAAAAUGAACCAAUAUUAAUUCUACCUAGCUCUAAUAAAAGCUCUGACAUUUGUUGGGAAUUAAAUCAUCAAUGUUAAAUAGAUUCAUCUUUUAAAGAGAAUAUUUGAACUCAGUUGUACAAAUGAAUCUCUCUGAACAACUUAAAUUAUUUGAUUUUUGACCUGACUUGUCAAUAUUUAAUGAGUUUUUGUCCAAUUUGAGGCACUUUAAAAUGUAAAGCGCAAACACUUUCUUCCUAUAACGUCACUGCCUUUACCUUUUGAAAGGCAGUGACAUAUUUCUUUCUGGCCUCUGUGUCAGCUGUGAAUCGGUGCCACGAAGAGUCGACUCUUUGAGUGGUGUGAACAGACUUGGUCAUAAGCAAGCUUUAGCACAAGACAUUUAUCCAUGGGUUAAAAUAACAACCUGUGAGCAAAUAUAGUCGAUACUUACAAUCUUUAGGAUUGAAAUGGCUUUUCACUCUAGCAAUAACAUUUGUUGCUGCAUUUAUGCUAAACAUACAACUACCUAAUUACUAUACACAUUAUACCAUAUAAGCUGGAAAGUUUCUCUGUCUUUACUACAUCAAAAUUCUGAUGCGCUUUUUUUUUAACCGAAAUUAGUGCCACUAAAUAUGUAGAAAUGUAUUCUCAUCUGCACUCCAUGUUUAUCUUAAAGGGGGGGAAAUAUUAUGUAAAAUCGACUUUUUUGAGCUUUGCGUCAUGUACAUCAUGAACCGAGCGCCGUCCUCGACAACAGAGCUCAGUCUUUAGGUGUCUGAGCUUACAGAGCAGCAUCCCUCCUGCAGCCGCUAGUCUAAGCUCAGUCAGACUAGCCAGAAGUAAUUACUAGUGGAGCUCUGCAUUUGAUUCUGCCAAAAGGCAAGCGUGUCAGAAAGAGCAAGAGUUCUUAAAGAGACAGAGGCACAUUGCAUUUCGAAAUCAUAAUAUAUUGUUGCAAUGUUACUGUCUAUAGUGGUAAAAGUGAAGCUCAAUCAGUGAAAAAAAGCUAUCCCAUCAUCCCACCAUAUAUUUUCUGCUUGUCUUGGGAGGAGAUCUAUUGUCCUAACAGGGUCUACAUAGGCUGCUAGAGUUUAUUUCCUGCAGAUUUUUGCCCAGGGAACUAUUGUUUAUGUUUAUGACAACAGCUACACUGUUUAUAUAUAAUAAAAUUAAUAUUAUUAGUGUGGCUUUAAAUAAU